UUUGAUACGACACACACGACUACAUUUCGGAGAUUUUUAUUGAAACAACAAUGUUCUGGGUACUAUAGAGAAUUGGCAAUGUGAUCUGCAUUUUUAUUUAAUAAAGUACACAUCUGGGAGAUGCGUUAAUUAUACGUGUUGUGUUGCUAUAUAUCAUAGAUUCUUCAUUAUGGACAAACAUUCUGAAAAGAGUCAAGACCUUGCCGCUAGGAAAAGUCCUUUUGAUGAUCUAAGCAGAGAUGAGCUUAUAGCCAAAUGUAAAGGCCUUCUUGCCAUUGCACAGAAAGCGAAACAAGCUAAAUCAGAACUCCAAAGUGAUGUUGAUAAAUAUAAAACUCAGUUACAAGCAUGUGAAACUGAGAAAAAGAACAUAUUGGAUAAUGUUCAAAUGUUACAAGAACUUGUUGAUUCUUUAACAGAACAAAAACUAACUUAUAUUACUGAAAUAGAUGUUGUACAAAACAAAGUAAAAGUUCUUAGUAAUAAGUGCAAUUAUUACGAAGACGAAAUAAAUAAGUUGAAAGCUGAUUUAGUUUUGAAAGAUCAAAACAUUAAUUUACAUAAAAUUACUACAGCACUAAAUUUAUCAGACCUUGAUAAUGAAGUAACUUCUCUUAAGAGGCAAAAUAAUAGACUGCUAGAAGAAAAUGAACAACUCAUAACUCAGCUUACAGAGCUUGAAACUAGAACUGAAGAGUUUAAUAAUAUUGGUUUACAGCAAAGAGAACAGCUAAAAGUUUUAGAAGGAAAGGUUCAAUAUGAUCAAUCUUAUGAAAUGAAAAUUGAAGAGCUCAAUAAUAGAAUUAAAGAACUAGAAAUAUAUGCAAAAGAAACAGGUGUAGAAAACAAACCAGAGUUUAAGGAAUAUGAAAUUAGAAUAGAGGAAGUAACAAAGCUUUAUGAGUCUGAGAAAUCUAAGUUAGAUAAAGCUAAUAUUAAAUUGAGGAGUUACAAAGACAAAAUACUCAAAUGUGCUAACUGUAUAAACCAGUUAAAAAAUUCAAGGUUUAUUUUGACAAAAACUGUAAAAGAGUAUUCCGAAAAUAUUCCUAAAUGGCAAAAUGAAAUAAUUAAUGCAUCUAAGGCAUUUGAUAUACAAAUGCAAAAGUUAAAUGAUGAAAAUAUUUCUUUAAAAGAAAAGUUAGUUCAAAAAGAAAAAGAAUUAAAUAAUAAUAUGACUAUAACUCAAAGGGAAAAUGCUGAUUUGUCUUGUCAAAUCAAUGAAGUUAAGAAUGCAAAUGAGGAUUUGGGUUCUCAGAUGCUGGAACUAAAACAAAAACUAGAUGAUACUUUAACAUAUAAUGAAACACUAAAAAAAGAAAUUACAGUUUUGAAAUCUAAUGAAUCAGAUGCACAUAAACUUCAUGAUCAAAUCCAGGAAAACAAUUUUUUGAAAGAAAAAUUGAGUCAAUCAUUAUCAAAGGCUACAAAAAUUAAAGAACUAGAAAAAACCGUUACAAAUUUAAAAGAGAAAAAUACAGUCCUAGAACAACAGUUAAAAUCUGAAGAAGAAACAAAUGAGAAAAAAGAAAAGAUGUUUUUCCAAAUAAAGGCGUUAGAGUCAGAAAAAUCAAUAUUGGUCAAUGAAAAAUUGAAUGCGAAAGAUGCUGUGAUUGAAUUAGAAAAUCAAAAUAAAAUAUUGCAUGACCAGUGUAACAAACUCAAAUCAGACCUGCUAUCUUUGAAAGAACAGUUUGAAACUUUAUCUGUUGAAAAUAUAAAAAUAAAAAAAGAUUAUAAAUCACAAAAAGAAGAUAGCAUAAAAGAUUUGAAAACUGAAACAAAUUCUUUAAAGGAACAUUAUGAUAAGCUAAAAUCAGAAUACAACAACUUGCUUGAUUUAAAUGGCUUGCUGCAUGAGGAAGUUGAAACCCUUAAAUUAUCAUUAGAGCAACCAAACGAUGAUGCAGAGCAUUUCACAGAUUUGAAUGUCUUCUUACAAACAGAUAUUGUAAAGCUACAGACAAAACUAUCUGCAUAUAAACAAGAAAAUGCUUCACUUUUAAUAGAAGUUAAGGAAUCUCGUAGCAAAAUAAAAGAAUUUGAUAAUCUUGCAUCUGAGUAUGAAGAUGCAAAAUCGAAACUUGUAGGCUACAAAACCGAAAAUGCAGAAUUACUUAAUGAAAUGAAAGAGAUCAAUCAAGUUUUAAAAGAGCGAGGUGAGUCCAUAUCUAAACUUCAGAAAGCUGUAUCUGAAAUGGAAAGACUUAUUGAAACUUUAGAAAAAGAUAGAGACAACAUGAAAACAGAGAAAGAUGAUCUUCUUGAAAAAGUUGAUGCAUUAGAAAAUAAUCUAAAGAAUUCUGAACAGAUGAAUGUAAAUCAUAAUCAGGCAUUAGAAAAAAUUGUAGCCGAAAAAGAUGAUGCUCUGAAAAGUCUCCAGGAGAAGGAUACAAUUAUUGCUGGACUUAAAGAAGAUUUGGAGAAACUUAAACAACAAUCAUGUGCUUCGGUUGAUUUACCCAAUGAAGAUAUGUCCACAUCUACAAUAUCUAGAGCAGAAGAAAAUACACGUAUGAAAGAUUUGGACGAAACCUUUGAAGAUAAAUAUACUAAACUGAGAAUGUUUGCUUUAAAACUAAAAAAAAAGCUUAAUGAAACAACAACACAGUUGCAAACCUCAGAUCAGGAAAAAACAAAACUAAAAAAGAUGUUGGCUGAUUAUACCUCAGAAAAUAAACAACAGCAGUUCAUUAGUCAAGAUGUUAUAGAUAGUCCUGAAACUGAUGAAAGCGGACUACAAAAAUCUGAUGUAUUUACCUUGGAGGCGAAAUUAAAAGAAAUAACUGCUGACCUUGAAGUAUCUACUGCAAAAGUGCAGUCUUUAGAAGCAGACAUUGUGAUGAAAAAGCAGCAAUUAGCUACUGAACUAGAGUCCCAUAAAAGUACUAAGGAACAGUUGGAAAAAGCACUGAGGGAUGUAAAGAAAAAGAAUGUUUUAAGUCUGGAAAUGGAAGAUUAUGAAAGAUCAAUGAAAGAUCUUACAACUAAAAUGGAAGAUAAUAAGAAAAAAAUUAUACAGAUGGAAUCAACUAUUGAUAUGCAAGAAGGAACAAUAACAGCUAUGAAAACUCAAAUUAAAUUGCUAGAAGAACAAGUGAGAACAGAAGAAACUCAAAACAGAUUGCUUAAAGAAGAGUUACAGCAAGCAAUAGAAGAUGGUAAAGGAAAAGACAGUGUAAUAAAUUCUAAAAAAGAUAUUAUUACCAAAUUAAUGCAAGAAGUUGAAGAUGAAAAGAGGAAAAAUGAGGAAGCGGAUGUAGAAAUGACUGCAGUCCUUAGUGAAAAGGAGAAAAUUAUUAUGAGCUUUGGUGACGAACGAACAGAAUUGAACAGUAGGUUGAAGAAAUUAGAGAUCAAAUAUGCAGAUUUAAAUGAAAAGCUACAAAUAACUAAUACUGAAUUAGCAGACAUACGAGCAGAGUAUACCAGUUACAAAGUAAGAGCUCAGGCAGUGUUACGACAAAAUCAGACAAUCGAUCAUAGUCAAGAAGAACAGCUUAAAGAAGAAGCUGCUGCUCUUAAGGCUCAAGUUGACACAUUGACACAAAACCUUACAACUAUACAAGAGCAAAGUUCUGAGUUAAAUGCAGAAGUGGAAACCAGUAGAAAAAAGCUAUCGGAAGCGAGUGCAGAAGCUGCCCGAGCUCACCAACGGACCGCACGUCUACAGUCAGACCUGACCCGUCUGUCCCAGCAACUUGAGUCUGAAAGAUCUCAACAUAAACUACAGGUAUCCACAUUAACACAGUGUUAUAAAUCACAAAUAAGCGAGCUAGAGACCAGAUUGCAAAAGGAUACUGAAAACUUAAAGAAACAGAUUACACUCUUACAAGAGAAAGCAAAGGCUGGCAGAUCUGACGAGGAGUGUAGUCGCGACAAGUAUAUGCUUCCAAUUAUACCGAGAGACGAAGGAAGCGAUGGAGAAAUGGAUAUUAACGUGUCUCUGAUUCCAAGGGAGGAAGGAGAGGGAUCCGAAUCAGCACCUUCGCCACCAUUAUCAAAAUCCUUAUUAACAAGUGGCGGUAGAAGGUCCCCAGUACCGUUGGAAAGACUUCUAGAAGAGGGAGUUCCAGAAAAUGAAACAUUUGAUACGUCAUCACUCGGUCUCACUCCGGAACAAGAGAUUGCGGACUUAAGAAGAAAAAUUCUAGCACAACAACAGAGAGUGAAGCACGUAACAGUUCUCCUAGCGGAAUCAGAGCGCGAGGGCGCUCGGUUGGCGCAGUUGAGCGAUCUGCUGAAAGCGGAGUUGCGUCGCGUGCGGGCCUCCGCGAACAACGCACAUAACACCGAGUACAUGAAGAAUGUUACGCUCAAGUUCCUGACGUUGCCACCCGGGGAUGAGCGUAGUCGGUUGGUGCCGGUGCUUCAGAAGAUUCUGACGCUCUCCUCAGACGAGACGCAUAAAAUACAAGCUAUUGCUAAAGGACAAGAUCCGAAUCCAAGUAAAGGCUGGGGAAGCUACCUCCCGUGGCCAGGAGGAAAGUAAAUUUAUAAUUUCAACGAUUAUUUUAAAAUAUAUCAAUGUCUAUAAAACAUCUGUGAUUAAAAUUAACUAUUCGCACUAAUUUAAUGAACAUUUUAACGAGCAUAUUGUAAUAAAACUGGUAUCGAAAUUAAAACGGUCAUUAUUUUAUUAGGUAAUUAUUGUAUUAAUCGUAAUGAAAUUAAAAACUAGUUACUUAAUAUUCGUAUUAUUUUUAAGAAAUAUUUCUAGUUGUUACAACACACUAGUUUGUUACAAAUUAUUUCAUUUUCUAAAUUGAUAUAAUGCCAGAGUGUAAUUUAGAAAGCGGUCACUGAAAUGACUUAAACUGUAAGAUACUAAGAGCCUUAGAGAAAAGAAAAACUUAAACACAAUGUUUACUAUGUUUCCCAGAUAGAGGUAUAGCUUUCGAUCGGAAAUCUUCCUCUAAAUGUUUAUUUUAGAUACUAGGUCUCUUUAUUUUUAUUUCUACCUCAGAUACAAUCGAUUAAAAAGAAGCUUAAAGUCUUUUAUUCGAUUGCUUUAAUAAGUCACACUGACCGCUCCUUAAAUUACUUCUUAAUAUUUGUAGCUUUAAUUUUAAUAAAGCUACGAGUUUAGACAGCGCACUCUGAAUAAGGAGUCACUACACUAUCGCUGCUCUCUAUAACUUUAAAGGAGUUCAAGAAAUAAUAUCUUCAAUCUUCUAAAUAUACAAAGCCAUUGGUCAUUGGUAAAGUACCCCAAACCUGGAUCUCAAUUUAGUUCCGUUACCAUAUUUAAAGAUAUGUAAUAAUGUAGCACUAACUUAUACAUCUACACAUUCCAUCGCAUUUAUACAAUAAACUCCCAUCUUUCAGAAGGUAAUUGAUGAUUGUAACUUUUAGAGAAGUAAUUUUAUAAAAGUAAGUAAGUAUUUAUUCAAACAUCUCUUAAUCAUUAACAAUAUGUACCGUUUUUUUAAUUCAGUAGUUCAAAAAUAUGUAUAUAGGCUCAUAUUAUAGUGGUGAAUUAAUAUCAUUAAUAUUAAACGUAAUUAGAAUUUAGAUCCGGAAGAAUUGAUAUCAAUGCCUAAAUAAAGCAUAAACAAAUAUAAACAAAUUAUUAUGAUUGAAAUAGAUUGAAUACCACAAUAGAACAAUUCAUUAUUUUCUGUCGUAAAAUAAGUAUAACCAUUAAUGUGGUCUAUUUUUAUUUUAUGUCACUAUGCUAUUUUAAUAAAUUU